AUGGCUACCCCUAGUGUCCUAGCUUUUGACGCUGAGGGUCGCGCCAUUGAUUUUGAGGUCUGGUUAGACGACCUGCAGCUGUUCUUACAGUGCGACAGGGCUGACGACCUUUCUCUCUUUGACCUCACCUCUGGCGCCUCUCCUGCUCCUGCUGCUGAUGCUGAUCCCACUGUCCGCUCUCAGUGGGCCACCCGCGAUGCUGCUGCACGUCUUGCUGUGCGUCGCCACCUCCCUACCUCUGAGCGUGCGCACUUUAGUCAGUACAAGAGUGCUCAGACCUUGUACGACGCUGUAGUUGCGCGCUACUCCUCCCCUGCCACUGCUGCACUGAGCCGUCUCAUGCUUCCCUACCUCUUUCCUGACCUCUCUGCCUUUCCCACUGUUGCUGACCUCAUUACGCACCUCCGCACUAGUGACACUCGCUACCGCGCCGCCCUUCGUGCUGAGUUCUGCGCUAAGAACCCACCCCCCAUGUACAUCGCUCUCUACUACGUAGUCGCGCGCCUCCCUGACUCCCUUCGCGUCGUCAGGGACCACUUUCUCGCAGUCUGUCCCACCACCCUCACCGUUGACCUCCUCGAGAAGGCCCUCCUCGCAGCGGAGAAGAGCAUAGUCGCUGUAGGUGCUUCUCGUGGUGACCCUCGCACCCCCAUCUUUGAGGGGUGCUCUCCUUCCCCCUUGCUGCCCUCUGUUGCCUCUGCUGCUGCUGCCGACCUGCUUGGUCUUGAGUCGGUCGGCGCGGCGUCUACCCCUAGUGGGAGACGUCGCUCCAGCAAGGGCAAGGGCGCGGGUGGAGCUGGAGGGGGCGGUGGCGGUGGCGGCGGUGGCGGCGGAGGGAGUGGGGGUGGCGGCGGGACUAGUGGCGGGGGUGGUGGUGGUGGUGGCAGCAGCGGCGGAGACGGUGGUGGUGGUGCCAGCGGUGGUGGUGGAGGCAGCGGCGGAGGUGGAGGCGGCGGAGGUGGAGGCGGUGGAGGCGGCAGCGGAGGAGGCGGUGGUGGUGGAGGAGGUGGAGCUGGUCGGGGUGGUACCCAGCAGCGUAGCGGCGGUGGUGGUGGCCAGCGCUCGCAGCGGCAGCAGCAGCAGCGCUCGCGGGACAUCCCUCCGCCUCAGCAGCUUCGUGAGUGGUACGCUGGGCGUCAGAGGGGUGGGGGUACUGGUCCCUGCACCUACGUUCUUCGUUCCGGCGACCGCGCGGGUGAGCAGUGUGGGGGUGCCCACGCCACCCAGCGCUGCUUUGGCUGCCUGACGGACGCUUGGCGUCAGCAGUUCCCUGGGGCUAGUGAGAUCCCUCGCUGGGAUGAGCUUCUAAGGGCUGGUGUAGCGAUCUUUGAUCUUGAUUUUGAUGCUAUCCUUGCUGCUAUGUAUGCUGUGGAUUAUAGUGAGGAGAAUGAGGGUUACCGGUGUUUCCAGCCCGACCCGGGCAUUGGUACUGCUGCGCUAGGUGCUUGUGAGGCUGCUGCUCUAGGUGCCAGUGCGUCUGUGCUCUCAGGUACUGGUGAGACUGCGCUCUCAGGUACUGCGUCGUCCUCGUCCUCCCUCACUUUCACACUUGACUCCGGGGCUUCUCGCUCCUUCUUUCGAGACCGCACUACCCUUACGCCGCUCGGCCGGCCGGUUGCGGUCUCCCUUGCUGACCCCUCUGGGGGUCCUGUCCUGUCUCACUUCUCCACUGUCCUCCCGUGUCCGGCUGCCCCUUCGGGCACCCUGUCUGGUCUGUACCUUCCCUCGUUCUCUACGAACUUGGUGAGUGGAGCGGACCUGCAGGAUGUGGGGGUUCACCAGUUUACUCCUGCGAGUCAGCGGGUGACCCACUGCACGGAGGCACGCACAGGCCGACACCUGGCGAUGUUCUCGUGUCGGCCGGGGUCGAGUCUCUACACCCUGACCGUUGCGUCUCCUCCUGUCCCUGCGUCUGGUCAGGUGGCUGCGUCGGGUCAGGUGCUUGCUGCUGCGUCCCGGUCAGGUCCUGAGUCUGCCCCCUGUUCUUGUCGCCUCCUGUCUCACGAGACUCUCCUGUGGCACCACCGUCUUGGCCACCCCUCCUUGCCCCGUCUUCGGAGCAUGGCUUCCCGUGUCCUUGUCUCUGGUCUUCCCCAGUCUCUCCCUCCUCUCCCCUCCGGGCCAGGACCUUCCUGUGUCCCCUGUGUCGAGGGUCGCCUCCGGGCUACUCCUCACUCCUCCCACUUCCCCCCGACAGAGGCUCCCCUGCAGACGCUUCACAUGGAUGUGUGGGGCCCAGCCCCCGUCCGUGGGCAGGGUCACGAGCGCUACUUCCUGUUGGUGGUUGACGACUACUCGCGUUACACCACAGUCCUCCCCUUGCGCAGCAAGGGUGCGGUCACUGAGGUGCUGAUCGACUGGAUCCGCGAGGCUCGUCUCCAGCUCAGGAAGAGCUUCGGCUCGGACUUUCCUGUUCUGCUUCUGCACUCGGACAGAGGCGGAGAGUUCUCUUCUCGCCUUCUGCGGGACUACUGUCGUGCACGAGGGAUUCGCCAGACCUUCACGCUUCCAGACUCACCACAGCAAAAUGGGAUUGCUGAGCGCCGCAUUGGCAUGGUCAUGGAUGUCGCUCGUACGUCCAUGAUGCAUGCGGCUGCCCCCCAUUUUCUGUGGCCGUUUGCGGUGAGGUACGCGGCGCAUCAGCUCAACCUUCACCCCCGGGUCUCUCGGCCUGCGAUGUCCCCAGCCUUGCUGUGGACGGGGAAGGUUGGCGAUGCGUCUGUCUUCCGUGCUGGGGAUCUCGGGCGGUGGCAGUUUUACCACCCCUCCUCUCGUCGUGUUCUGUCCUCCCAGGACGUCACGUUCGACGAGUCAGUCCCCUUCUACCGUCUCUUCCCCUACCGCACUCCUUCCCUCCCCCCUCCCCCGGACUUCCUUGUGCCGGUUCCCCCCCCGGUAGACCCCCUCCCCCCUCAGGUUCCUGCCCCCUCAGGUGUGUCCCAGGUAGACGCCGUUGACCCGGUCGAGGUUACUGGUGACUCUGGUGCUGCUGCGGGUGUUGAGCCUGGGGGUGCUGACUCUGGGGGUGCUGUGCGCGGGGGUGCUGAGCCUGGGGGUGCUACUGCUGGGGGUGCUGGGCCUGAGGGUGCUACUGCGGAGGGUGCGGAGCCUGGGGGUGCUGAGCCGGGGGGUGCUGUGCCUGGAGGUGCUGGGUCUGGGGGUGCUGGGUCGGGAGCUGCUGAGCCUGGGGGUGCUGAGCUGGGAGCUGCUGAGCCUAGGGGUGCUGCGUCUGGAGCUGCUGAGCCUGGGGGUGCGGGUGCUGCCGGUCCCGGAGCUGCUGGACCUGCGGGUCCUCCUGGAGCUGGAGCUGCUGAGGGCGUUGGUGCUGAGCCUACUGCUGUUGGUCCUGCCGCUGGAGGUGUGGGUGGCGCUGGUGCUGUCGCUGAGGGUGCUGGUGCUGUCCCUGCUGAGUCUGGAGCUGCCGCGCGGCCUCGGUCGUACUUCGUUCCGCUCCUGCAGCAGGUUCUUGGUCUUUCUCCUCUAGUAGAGGGUCCACCGCCUGUCCAGUCGCAGUCCCUGCUGGAGCCUUCCUCUCCACUGCCUGCUCCCUCUCCUUACACUGGUCCUACUGGAGGUCUUGCCGAGCGUUGUGAGCCUGCGUCUCGUCCCGCGUCGCCUGUUCGUGCUGCUCGCGCUAGUGGUCGCAGUUCGCGUCAGCGUCCUCCUCCUAUCCCUGGCACGCACCUGAUGUCUUUGCGUCCGUCCACUGCUCCUCUGCGUGCCCCUUUGCCUUCUCCUCCUGAGUCCUCUCUUCCUGCGCUUGCCGACCCUGAGUCGGACUCUCUUCGUGCUGCCAGUCCUACUGUCACGCGUCUGCUUGCUACUGUCGUCACUGACCCCUCUUUUGAGUCCACUGCUGCGUCUGCUCUAGUCGCUGAGCUCGUCGACUUUGCUGCUCGCUGUCGUCUCGACUACGCUGCUAGUCUUGUUGCUGAGUCUGCGUCUGUCUGUCCUCCGUCCGUCGGGGGUGAGUGUGCUCUUGGCACGGACGUCCUAGAGGAUAGGCAGGAGGAGUUACAGUGUCUAGCGGCUACUUCACCUCAUCUCGCGUCUGUACUACUUGCCCCUGAGGGAGACCCGGAUGCACUAGACAUCCCGACUCCGCGUUCUUACGCGGAGGCCGUAGAGGGUCCCUACUCCUCUCAGUGGCAGGCAGCUAUGGAUGCAGAGAUGGCUUCCUGGAAGUCCACAGGCACCUACGUUGACGCGGUUCCCCCUCCUGGGGCGAACAUCGUCAGUGGCAUGUGGAUCUUCAGGGUGAAGCGGCCGCCGGGCUCUCCACCUGUCUUCAAGGCACGGUACGUUGCUCGUGGCUUCAGUCAGCGGCAGGGAGUUGACUACUUUCAGACCUUCUCUCCCACCCCGAAGAUGACUACUCUUCGGGUGCUGCUGCACAUAGCCGCUCAGCACGACUACGAGCUUCACUCUCUCGACUUCAGCACUGCGUUCUUGCAGGGUAGCCUGCACGAGGAGAUCUGGCUUCGCCGUCCACCUGGCUUCACUGGGACUUUCCCUCCUGGCACCCAGUGGAGCCUCCGACGGCCAGUCUACGGUCUCCGCCAGGCACCGCGUGAGUGGCACGACACACUGAGGACUACGCUUGCGGCUCUUGGGUUUGCUCCUUCUACUGCUGACCCGUCGCUGUUUCUUCGCACCGACACUUCCCUGCCGCCGUUCUACAUCCUCGUGUACGUCGACGACUUGGUCUUUGCCACAGCGGACACUACUGGACUCGCCUACGUGAAGUCCGGGCUGCUGAAGAGACACACGUGCACAGACCUGGGUGAACUGCGCAGCUACCUUGGCUUGCAGAUCACUCGGGACAGAGCACGCCGCACCAUUACCUUGACUCAGUCACACAUGGUGCAGCAAGUCCUUCAGCGCUUCGGCUUCACGUACUCCUCGCCUCAGGCCACUCCUCUGCCUACUCGCCACUCACUCUCAGCUCUGCCUUCGGAUGAGUCCGUAGAGUCGAGUGGUCCGUAUGCAGAGCUUGUUGGCUGCCUCAUGUACCUGAUGACCUGCACACGACCUGACCUUGCAUACCCUCUGAGCAUUCUUGCACGCUAUGUUGCUCCUGGGAGACACAGACCGGAGCACAUUGCUGCAGCGAAGAGGGUAUUGCGCUACCUGUGCAGUACGUCGGGCAUGGGGCUAGUGCUUGGAGGGCGGAGUCUAGUGGUCCUUACCGGCCACGCGGACGCUUCUUGGGCUGACGACCAGGCUACGCAGCGCUCGUCACAGGGUUACACCUUCAGCCUUGGUUCCGGCUUUUUCUCGUGGCGGUCUACUCGCUCGUCUUUGGUUCUCGGCUCCAGUUGUGAGGCUGAGAUCUACGCCGGGGCCAUGGCUGCACAGGAGCUUCGCUGGCUCACCUACCUGCUGACUGACCUUGGAGAGCCGCCUCGUUCUCCUCCAGUGCUGUACGUAGACAACAAGGCCAUGCUGGCCUUGUGUCGAGAGCAGCGCUUGGAGCACAGAACGAAGCACAUUGCUCUCCGCUACUUCCUUGCUCGUGAGCUGCAGCAGCGUGGUCAGUUGCGACUUGCGUACGUGGCCUCUGAGGCCAACACUGCUGAUGUGUUCACCAAGGCACUCGCGCCUUGUGACCAUCAGCGCUUUUGCACCCAGCUGGGUCUUGUACCUGUCUUGCCUCACUUGCUCUCCUCUUGA